UGUCACUGGUGGAAGAGAGGCAUGGAUCUGGGAACCUUGGGAAACGAUUCCUGUGUGAGCACAUUUGUCCUACUGGGUCUCACAGAGACUCCAGUUUUGCGGCCCAUCCUCUUUGUCAUCUUCCUUCUUGCUUAUGUAGCUACGCUUGGUGGCAAUUUCAGCAUCCUGGCUGCUAUCAUUAUAGAGCCCAAACUCCACACUCCCAUGUAUUUCUUCUUGGGGAACUUGUCUAUGCUGGAUGUUGGAUGCAUUAGUGUCACUGUUCCUGCCAUGUUGAAACAUUUUCUAUCCAAUGACAGACACAUUCCCUAUGGGGCCUGCCUCUCACAGCUCUUCUUCUUCCAUCUCCUGGCUGGGGCAGACUGCUUCCUUCUGACUGUCAUGGCCUAUGAUCGUUAUCUGGCUAUCUGCCACCCCCUCACCUACAACACCCAUAUGAGUUGGAGGAUUCAGAAGGCCUCAGUGUGCCUGUCAUGUGUGUUUUCCUUUAGUAAUGCACUGACCCAAACUGUUGCCUUAUCUACUCUUAAAUUCUGUGGUCCAAACACAAUCAACCACUUCUACUGUGACCUCCCUCAGCUCUUUCAGCUUUCCUGUUCCAGCAUCCAACUCAAUGAGCAGCUGCUCUUUGUAGCAGCAGCCUUCAUGGGUGUGGUCCCCUUGGUCCUCAUUACUGUGUCAUAUGGCCAUGUGGCAGCUGCAGUUCUUCGUAUCCGGUCUGCUGAGGGCAGGAAGAAAGCCUUCUCUACCUGCAGCUCUCAUCUCACUGUGGUAGGCAUCUUCUAUGGGACAGGGGUCUUCAGCUACAUGCGUCUGGGGUCAGUGGAAUCUUCAGACAAGGACAAAGGCAUUGGCAUCCUCAACACUGUCAUCAGUCCCAUGCUGAACCCACUUAUCUACAGCCUUAGGAACCCUGAUGUGCAGGGUGCCCUACGGAAGGUGCUCACAGGGAGGUAGCCCACUAAUGACACUCUUUUCUUUUGGCCUUAACCAAUGUCAGAGC